CAGCAACAGCUAUACGUGCGCGUACAGGCGCGCAGUCUGCCGGCCGACGUGCCCCGCUCUUCUGCUGCACAGUUUUCUUUUUUUACCUGUCGUUCCUCGCUGGGAUAGCGAGGAAAGCUGCGUGCGAGGCUACACACCGACCACGCGACCCCAACAGAUGGCCGCAGCGCCGGCAUUGUUUCCCGGGAACCCACGCAGUGCUGCGAUGGCGACCGCCGGUUUGCACCGCGGACGAAGAAGAUGCGGCCGCUCGUUCCGUUGACGCGACGGUGCCGCUCGACCAGCCGUUGCUGCCGGUGUGGUAUAGUGCGCCCCCCGCUCCUCUUGAGCGCGGGUACGUACUCCUUCGACAAAGAACCUCAACGCGGGAGGAGUCCGCGAUGGGACGCUGAGACGCUGGCGUGUGCGUCGCGAGACGACGUCGAGACGCCCUACGCCGUUUCCGGCCUCGAAGCCUUCUCUCAUCGGGCACGUACCGCUUAGCCAACGUCGGCGUGAUAUGCGCACGCGGACUGGCGUUGCGUGGCAUACGUCGACGAAGCCGCCCGCCGUUGCCGUGUCACUUUCCCUUCGCCGAAGUUAUGCGACGGUGUGCAUGCGCCUGUUUAGAUAGAUUUACGAGCUGCACGCGUCGCCGUGUAGCGGUUGCUGUGCCGCGCUUUCUCGUGUGAUUUAUUUAUCCAGCACAUCCCCUGCGGGCUGCAACAACUCGAAAGGCAGCGUCGGUCACGGAUAAUCUAUUUUUUUGUGCAGUUUUCGCGGGAGCAGUGUUUUCUUACGAGGGACAAGACCGUGAGGUUCAAAAUUUUCAGGCGCCGCUGUGAAGUGCCCUUGGAGUGUUGUAGGCGCAGUGCUCGUAAAAAUUUGCAUACGCGAAAUGGAACAAAGGCUGAUUGUGGUGCAUAUUGCGGGCAGCUAGCCUAUCAGCGCGCAAGCUCCGGUUAAAGGUCGUGGUCUCUCUUCAACAAUGCUGCCGUGUGCCGCAUUCUGCUACGCCUGCAGCUCCGCCACUUGCCCUCCCUCGGCAGCCAUCCAUCAAGACCUUGUCAGACAGCUCCGGAUACGUGAAGCAUCUAUCUGUCACCAGGAUCUGUGAAGAUUCGCCAGCACGUAAGGUGUUCGAACAUGUGCUACGGUUACAGUGCGCUCAGCAUGACGAAAAUGGCACAGGUCGUCUGUUGCUACUGCUGCCGCUGCUGCCAGAGGGGCUGCUUUGUGUCCGUGUACAGCUACGCGUUCUGUCCCAAGGAUCUGUGUUUGUGACGUGGUUGGCGACACUUGUCGUGUUUGCCGCCUGCCGUGUUCGAAAUAGUGAAUAGAGAAGGAAGAGAAAAAAAAAUGGAGAACAAAGCGCAACAACGAUCGUCGGUUUCGGGAAAACGAGCGGGAAUGGCGUCGUCGUCUUCGUCUUCGUGGCGGAAGCGUCAGUUGGACAAGCUGGCCGCUCUGGUGGAAUGUAGCCGGGUUCCCUCGAGGCAGGCCGGCCUGGUGACCGCGUGGGUCGCCGACAUGAUCCGGGAAUCGUGCGGAGUGGUGGACACCGUGCCCGGAGCUGUCGUCGCCACGGACCUGACCGGCACUUCUCUGGGAAGAAGCUCGUGGUACGGCAGCUCCUACACGCUACACGAAGACGAAGACGGCUGCCCCGUCUUUCCUGAGCCCGAAGGCGCACCUUGCCAUCCUUCACCAGCCGACUCUCAGCCACCUAAACGCGCCAGCCUGACCACCGCACAGUCGGUGCCCUUCGGCAUCAGCGAGCUGGGCAACGAUGAUUCCUCGCCCGACGAAAAGAAAGACGUCUACGCAAGGUUCUUCGCCAGAAAGACCCGGACCCUGGAGAAGGCAUCGCCGGGCAGCAGCAAGCAGAAGGCAGUGAAGAGCUUGCGCUCGAAGGGCCGGGACCUCUCUGUGGCUCACCGGAGCAAGAGCCUGACGCAGAUCGACUGCCUGGAAGGCGGCAUGAGCCGUCGCGACGACGAGCCGAGCGGAGGCAGCAGCCCGUCGGACGCCUCCGGUCAGCCGCAGUCGCUGCAGUCGCAGCCGUCCCAGUCGUCGCCCUCGCACCAGCCGCCCCCGUCGCCCGACCGUCUCUCGGUGCCCGAGGACGCGCCGCCGCAGAGGAGCAGGCUGCGGCACACCUCACGGGUCCCUAGCCAAGAGUACCUCGCCGUCGCGAUAGAAGACGAUGUGGGGGACAUCCAGCUACAGGAGUCCAUUCCCGCGGUCAAGGGAGUCAUCCUACGGGAUGCCCUGACGUUACUGCUCGAGCGCCGGGGCCUGGACCUCUCGGCCGUGCAGGUGCUCCAGGAGGGCUCGCGGCGGCCCGCCAACCUCAGCCACGAGACGCACAAGUUCGCCGGCCAGCAGCUCAGGGUCAAAGCCAAAGAUGGUGCUGACCUGCGCGGGUCAGUCAGCCGUGCCAACAGCACGAGCAGUUUGAGCGGCGGGUCCUGGAAGACGCCGGCGUCUCGAACCAACAGCAAUGCCGGUCUCAAGGAGGACAAAAAGGAGCGCAAGAUCUCUGGGAGCCAAAGAGGGCGACGCGGAGCUGUGUCGGCUGAUGAGCUGGUGAAUGAUACCAGUGCCAUCAGCAGUACUAGUCAAGAAAGCAGCUGGAAGGCUGGUAAAUCCAAGCCCGUGCUGGGAAAGCGCACUGGCAUUCUCCUCAACUCAUCCAAAACGGACAAAGAGAUGCGUACCCUGACAGAGUUGCUCAACAGCUACGACCAGAAUGGCAUCCCCAACCAGCCAGGCCUUCUUACCUUCCGACCUUCUUCGUCAGAGGAGAAGUUUCGACUGGAAGAUAACUGGACCUGCAUCGUUGACAAUCCUGAGUCCCUGCCAAAGCGGGUACGGAACCAACAGGAUGCUAUUUGGGAACUCAUUUCCACUGAAGUCUCAUACAUUCGCACCCUCAAAGUCAUCACUGAGCUAUUCCUGGCAUGCCUAUGCAAUCUGCAGUGCGAACGCAUUCUACAAGAGAUUGACACGGAGCACAUGUUCAGCAACAUCCUCGAGGUGUGCGAGGUCAACCAUGUGCUGUGGGACAACUGCCUCCUGCCAGCGCUGACUGUUGCCCGCGCCAACCGGACCCUCCUCAACCCGCUGCACCUGCGAGAGGGGUUUCUCCGCUUCGAGGAGACGUUCCAGCCGUACAUGAAGUACUGCCUCGAACAGACUACCUGCCUGCAUUAUGUCAAGGAGAAGCGACUCGAGAGCGAUCUCUUCAAGACCUACGUGGCGUGGUGCGAAGCUAGGAAAGACUGCGAGAGGCUGCGCUUUACGGACCUCCUUGUCAAGCCCAUGCAGCGGCUCACCAAGUACCCGCUUCUGCUCAAGGCCAUUCAUAAGAAGACCGACGACGAAGAGGCCAAGAAUGCCCUCGUUGAAAUGAAUGAAUGUGUGGAAGCGUUCGUGUAUGCUGUCGACGGGAAGCUGCGACACCUGCACGAGCGUGACAGGCUCAAGUCAAUCACAAGCCGCAUUGAAAGCUACGAUCCAUUUGACAUCAAUAAUGACGAAGUUGAAAAGGCCCUCAAAGCCCACUGCGUGUUGGACCUGACUUGCCCCAUGCCGAGUUGUGGCAACCAGCAGAACAGGCAGCUCUUGUUUGAGACAUCAGGUGUCAAACUGAAGGACGCUGGCAGUUCAAGCAAGGUGGAUGUUCACUGCUUCCUGUUCACUGAUGUGCUGCUUGUCUGCAAGUCGCUGAGCAAGAAGGGCGACCGUGUGAAAGUGAUUCGGCAGCCAUUCCUCGUUGAGCGUCUGGUCACGUACGAGCUGCGCGACAACAGUGGCCUCAUCGUCAUCUACCUGAACGACUUUGGUGUGGCUGCAUCCUAUUUCCUCCUCUACACGAGCGACCCGCGAAGCUUCAUGGACCAAAUCCGCAGAGCACAGGAGCAAUAUCGGGAGGCGAAGUCGCAGGCGACGAGCGAGAAGCCUCAGCUGGGAUACCUGCAGGACCUGGACGAUGAGGACGACCUGGACAUCCCACGCAGUGCUCUGCUUGUGGCGACCCGGUCCCCGCGUUCGUCCAGCCACUCAAGCCUGGUACAUUCGCACAGUGGCUCCAUCGACAUGAGUGACCCCGCCUCGGUGGCCUCCCUGGCUGGGCCGCCCGUGCCCUGCCCAACACCGCUGUUUCAGGGAGCAGCUGCUGCUGGUGGCCAAGGCCGAGCAACAAGCUUCGAGCUUGGUGAGCUACGCAAUCCCAGCAUGACUUACGACGACCUCGAUGAGCAAGGAAGGUCGCGAAGCAUGGAGACACGUACCUCGGGCCCAGUCUGCGUCACGGUCACGUCACCGCGGCCUGAGAGGCGGGCUUUCCUUCUCAAGGGUGCCGGCACUAAUGCAACAUCGCCGAACACACUUACUGUGAGCAUCCCCUUCACCCACCCGCAAGAGCUAGAGGAGCCCAAGGAGUACAGGAGCUACCCAACAUCCCCGACCAUUCAGGUGCCAGUCAUGUCAUCAUUGCCUCCCAAGAGCCUCUCGCCGACGUCCCGCUUUGCUGCCGGUUUACCGCAGCCUUUUCCAGGCUACAACCCGAGUGGAGCGAGCAAGCCACCCCUACUGAAGACCAAGAAUGUGUCUGGCCUGGUAACUCACAGCGCCCCUCCCAGCGAAGGCCCGAGCCCUGUGCACAGCCUCGAGGGCCCGAAACCCUCUGAGGAGACUGUAAGCCCUCCCGAUUCCGAAGACGAGAGUGGCCGCAAGCGUAUUUCCCGAAGAACAUGUCGACCCGAGAGGCGCCAUCACACAGCAGACUCCUUUGAGCACCUGAAGAACCAGAGGGACCCAUCGAUCCACAAGCGACUGUCGUGGAACUGCGGGCAACAGCAUGACGCGUCGUCCGGUGUGGCCAGCACAGCUGGCCGCCUUGUGCACUCUUCGGAAGCGUUCCUCAAGAACAAACACGUUGCCAAGUGUCUGAGCAGCGAAUCUGUGUACAGUUCUAGUGGUGUAAGCAGCACGGGCUCACUUUUGUUCAGUAGUGCGGGCAGUGGCGAUGCCUGUGACUGUUGCUGCGAUCCGAUCCCCGUUGUUGGGCCCACGGACGACCAAAAGCGGCUCACCAAUGGUGACGAGGAUGACGUGGCGCCAUCUUCAGCCGACAGACACCACCAGCUCAAGACAUUGGGUGCCCCGGGGGAGUGCAUCAAGAUAGAUGUGAGUGAGGUGAAGGAUGGGAUCUCAUCAGUGCAGAUAGUGGGUGCAGAGGGCAUGCCAGUGGCCCCUGGCAAGCCGGGCAAACCAUCCCGCUCGGACCUGCAAAAGAUGAAGGAGUUUCUUCUCAACAGUCGCUCAGUUGAGGCAUCUGAGGUAUGACAACGUCAAUAGUCACCGGGAGAGACAGCACAGACAAGGGACAGGAUUGCCCCAUCACUCUCAGCUCGGUUGAAAACAGCAAUUGUACAGCCUUCACUGUUUGUUUCGAACUGUCCCACCAGCGAGAGGGGGCAUUCGCUUCCAGCGUUCCCGGGGGUCCACUGGAACAGCAGGCUGUCCUUGUCUGGAUAUACAUAUCCCCGCAGCGCAGUGCGUGGACAGCCGUCUGCGACGACGCCUGCGAUGACGCAACUGAAUGAUGACCACAUUGUAAUAUUCGUCUCAGAGAGAGUUUGUUAAACGGCAUAAGCCUUGAUUCUGUCUUUGUCCUCAGUGUGAGGUUAACGGCUGCCGUUUGGAUAGCAUAGCUCUGCUGCAAUGUUCCGAGACCCUGUUCCAUGUUGCUGAUGUUUACUUUGCCAUGUGUGUGUGUGUCUGUGUGUGGACGUGGCAGUCUGCUAAUGAGGCUGUUCCAUUGGUGUAGUACCUGGUCAUUACCUACCACACUAUGCAUAAGGCAUUUGUUACCUGUGCAUUCCUUGCUUCCCGUACUUACGAUGGCAGAGAAGUGAAAGGAGUCAGUCCUGUAAGCAAAACGUGUGUGUACUUCAGCUGCUUAGAUGGUUUAUUUUAAUUAGUCUCAACAAGUGUAGUAAGUGCACAAAUAAUUUUGACAUUGUCUCAAGGCAAUCUGGCCAGACAGCUUAAGUUCAGCCUAGUUUGCUUUUAUGAUUACUAAUAUUUUAUUACUCCCAUUGGUUUAUGCCCCAAGUAUUUGUGUGCAAAAAAAUUAGCAGUGAGUUCUUGCUUUAGGAACUAUUUUAUUUAUGACAGGGUUGUCUUAUGCCUUAGGGCGCACCGUUUGGAGUUCGGUGGUUUGUUUCCCUUUGUUUCUAGUACUGGCACUGUGCGGUGAUAGCACAGGCUUGUCAACACUUUUCAAGAAGCGCUGGAUUACUGAACCUCUUGUUCUCUCAUUUUCGAGUCUUAUCUAGGACAGAUGGUGCUUGAGGCAGGUGCUUUUGUACUUUUAACACAUCAUGUCAACAUUCUAUGCAGUCAGCCACACAAUGUGCAAUUUAUGGCAGAACCUUGGUUACAUACAAUUUUGUGCUUUCGAGAGCCUGCCGAUUUGUUCUCUCAUUUCGUCUUUCUAACAUUUUUGCUGGUAUUAUAUGUUACGUGCCAAACAGUUUCAAGUCGUACUCUUUUUUUUUUUUCAUCUCUUUUUCCACCAUCAAGUGGUUUACCGACUACUGCUAUACAUACACAUUGUUCUAAACUCUCCAAGACUACGCUUUCAUGUCUCUGAGCAGUCUAAUCACUCUCAGCUACCACUGUCUUGCCUGGGCCUUAAUGAUAAGAAGACUGUGUAAAAAAAAAAUGAAGCUUUGAUGCUAGACGCACUGUUACUCUCCUUUGCACCUUAGAUUUUUAUGCCUUUUCGAGUGUGUGUUAUCACCCAACAGCCACCUCUGUUCUUGUCGGCAUUUGUUUCUUUAACACUGCAUGCCGAGUGCUUUCUUGUCAGAAAUGCUGUGCUUACCAAAGCGUUCUUGAUAGGAAAAUGCCUAGUACAGCAGUACAGCUGAGCAGUGAAGAAAUGAAAUGGCCCUGAUAACGAUGACAUUUAAUGUCAUGCGAAGGAAAAAUUGUGCACCUGAAUGGCGUAAAAUUUCGAUGGUGUAAGAAGAAAGGAUGCAGUUUUCACUGUUUCGCUCCCUUUCUCUCCCCUUUUCCAACAAGCUGUGAUACAGGUCAUGAAAAAAAUAAAACAAUUCGUAGCUGCGCUGACAAUAGGCAGGUUUUUGUCAUGUUUUGGUGAACAUGUUGCCAUACAGCAUGUAAAUGUUAACGAGCAGCAGGCUGCAAAAAGAAUUUUCACAUUUGCAGCUGCUUCUGCUGCUGCUAUCUUUCUAUUGUAUAGAUGCCGCUGCAACUUUUUCACUGUAAAGCAUCUAGUAUUUCAUAGACCUGUAGCUUAGUGACCUGUCCCUUGUAGUGGUUCUCGAACUUGUUAUUAUGAACAAAGGUUCUUAAAGCACUUGACUGUGUACAAAUUAGAUAUCUUCGCCCCCCCCCCCCCCCUUCCGCCUGCUGGCUGUCAAUCUAAAGUCGGCCCCUUGCAGCGUGCACUACCCAUGUGAAGUAACAAUGCUAAUGUUGUUGCCAUGUUUACAUUCUUUAGGCUGCAGUUGGUUUCACUUCACGUCCCCUGCUUUCUGUCUGCAAUUCGUUGCAGUGGUACAUAUCUGAAAUGUUUUGCUUGGCGUAUUCAAUUCCAUAGAAAGGGUAUGGCUUGACACAUGUUGCAGAAUCAAUUCUUUCACCCAAUUAAAUCAGCCGGCACGUUUCUUAAUGGCACAAGUAAGGAAAGGCAUUUAUAUAUGUCUCACUGUCGAAGGUAAAUUUCUCGUGUCUUGUUUCCACUUGUACUUAGCAUGAACUGUCAUUGCUGCAAAUUAUAAGAGAUUGUCAAGCCUAAUACCAUGUGGGUGCCAUACUGAGCAAACUUUAUACAUUCUAAACUGGUGCUCAUCUUAUAUGGAACUGAAAUUAAUGUUUAAAUAUUCAUCUGCAUGCUGCUAAACUCUUUUUAAAUCAUUUUAAAGGGCGUUGCUUUUUUUAUCUGUUCUUCUUGACUUAGCAGCCUUCAUGCCUCGCUUGGUUAGGGCUGUAGUUUCUCUUAUGAGUCACCCCAGCGAUGAAGCAUACUCUUGCUACCAUGGCCCUUCUCUUGGCACAUAGCUCAAGACAUUGAAGCACAGUGUUCCCUUUGGGUAGAUAUUUAAUCAGACACACGAGCACUACUACUCGUAUAGAAAGCACUGGCACCUGGUUUAGAUGUAGUUGUACCGAGCACCUUGUUUUUCAACCUGAUGGUUGUUUGUGCCCCACUGCAAUAUGUGGGAGAUUUGUGUCCAAGAGAUGUGCUGGCCACGGUCCGGAGCAGCACUUGCAAAUGAAGUUCACACAUUCGGCUAGUUCAUGAAAGAAAUUCAUUUUUUUUUAUAUCAACAGACUCCAGCUCUUUCUUGAAUUUCUUGUACGUGAUCUUACCUUAACUCUUUUUCUUGGUAACAUUCUAUUGAUGGCCUAUGCCGAACAUGCCAGGAAUGCUCAUUGUGCUGAAGAACAUUGUUAAUGUUCUCGUCUAGGGUGGCUGGACAUCGACACAUCUUGAAAUAAGGAGUAACAAGGCAGUAAUGUGUCUAGAUUUUUCAGAGGCCUGCAUUGGACCGAUCGUGUCAUGCGUAACCUGUAUUCUCAGCACCAUCUUGUGGAUGUGUUUUCAAGUUCACAAACAAAGGCUUGAUGAAGGCCGUAAUAAAUCCCUGGGACAUAGCAAGCCACCACGCCUUUCAGACCAUGGCCAACACACACUCUUGCCAGCAUGCAUGUGUCGGUUGCUGAGGGAAGUCGGCAGCCCAAUGCAUGUUUAAGUAACAACAAAUUUUGUAUCGGUGUGUACAUAGCAUGUAUGCUGCUGUUCUUAUAUGUAGGCUAUUCCUCGGGAUGCCUUUGCCCUCUGUUGUUACUUGAGGGGCUGCCAUGUACGUGAACUUGUACGCCUUUUUGCAUCUUGUGUCCAUUUUGUGGUGCCGCUGUGAGUUUGGACUUGUCGUUUGUUGCCAACUCACACAAACUGUAGCUGCAGUAUAGUCAUUACGUGCCCAGGUCUACUGUCCUUUUUUUCCUGACGUGGAGGAGCUUGCCUGUGGAUAUUGCAAGACUUGGUUGUUCUGUGCACGGCUACUGUCUCCUAUGUUCUUAUCUUUCCGCUUGUUUCACGACUGUUUCUCUUGGUGUUUCAUUACCUGAAUGACCAUGGUGUGAUGACUGCCCGCUCUCAAGUUACAAGCAGCACAACUUAGGGCAAGUGCAGUGCAAAAACAGGGUGGUAGCUGAUGCUGGGCAGAAAUUAGUGCCGCUACUGACCAGCUCCUAUUCAUCUAGCUUGCCGCUCUUAUUUUAUGUGCAUGUUACGCCAAACGGGUGAAUCUUGAAGGCCAAUCGCUCGCAUAGCUCAAACAAACUGCAGACAAAGUCUGGGUAGGGGGAUGCUACUGCAGGGCAUUAGAGAGCUUUAGCAUACUGUCACUGCCACCUUCCCAGCAGUGUGCAUGCCACCGUGCGCAGUGGGGCUCGAGCAGGUAGCCGUAGCUCUUAUGGUAGUGUGGUGGUAGUGGUGUGCUAAAAAUCUCUGUGCCCUUUGUAAAGCUGCACUGCAUGGCACUGAUAUGCAAGUUCGAGCAAGCAUUAUUGUUGUGCUGCAGUUGACGUUGCUUCUUGUUUAGUGUAAUGUCCUUUUCCAGCACUUUGACCUGUCUUGAGCCUUUGCAAUUUUUUUUUUGUACCUGUAUUAAUUGCAGCGAAUUGUAAGCUUCACUACUUACUAGGAGUGCAGAGUAGAGUAGAACGGAGUACAGUUGGGUUUUCACAAUUUGGGACUGCAUAAUCUAACAGGGCAGAUGCUUGAUUAAAUUGGCCUUGAGACAGCGACAAGUGCAUGCUUUUGCUUCUGUAAUCAAAAUAGUGCAGCACAUGGCUAAACAACUUGCUUUUUCGGCAUAGCUGCCCUAUGUUGAGUAAUAUUGCGUGCAUCUUCCGUUCAGUUUCAGUACCUAAGGUCAGGACAUGUGGCACUUAGACAGAUGCAUGGGCAUGUAUAGCCUUUCUAUAAAACAGAGGCCUGAAGGAGAAGCUGAUUUAACUGUAAAAAUGGCAAUACCAUAGUCCCAUUUAUGUUCGGCAUAAGUUCGUUUUUCUCACUUGUUUAACAUAGAGUUAUAACAGCUUGUUAUAAGUUCGCAGUUUCACCCUUAAGACCAAAAUGUUCAGGGCUAGUCCAGGGGGGAUACCUGUCUAAAACUUUUUAGCAUUACAUUUUUCCAAUUCGGUUUAAAUCUUGGCUGUCACAUAAUUGACCAACAUUAUUUAAGUCUCUUAUGCAAAUGUUGGCAUGCCAUAUUAUACAUAAGAAAAAGGACAGUUCGCUGCGAUUGCCAGAAUUAAUAAGUCUAGCACAUUCAGUUGAGAUUGUCAUUCGUGUGUGUGUGUGUCUGUGUGUCCAGAGGUCUGCACUCUGCUAUGUCUUCAGAAUGCUGUGUGAAUAACAGAUCCCAGCACCCACAUGUACAUAGCCUUAUAAAUAUGAGAUCGUUGGCGUUUUUUCGCAUGUCCAUAAGCGGCAAUGUUAUCAUGCCUGUUGGUCCUCCUGUCUCAAAGAACGGAUGGGAGAUUUUUUUCUUCUGUUCUUCUGCGACUGCAGUCGCACAAGUGUACAGCGUAAGUAGAAUAGAUAGAUAUUUUAUUUUCCUGCAAAUCAUAAUAUUUUAUCAUAAUUUAUUGCAGUGUGUAAUUAAUAAUGUUUAGAUGGUAUGUGUGAGAAGAGAGAGAGAUAUAUAUACAUAUAUAUGUUCAGCAUAUAUGUAGGGUUGUCACGAAACAGGUCAACUGCAUUGCUAUUCUAGCUGUGAGAGAAGUCGGCGUUCGAAGAUAUACAUGUAUACAUAUAUAUGUACGCACUGCACAUGUAUAUUGGAAGAGAAAGCAUAAAAAGCAAACCCUGUGCGGCGCAUGUCCUUUCCUGUAUUAAUUUGAGAUUUGCACCGGGCACUGAUCUCGGAGCGCAUGUAAUCUUGGUUGAACUGUUAGUACAAAAAAAAAGUAUGAAUAAAAGCUGUUUUGCCUAAAA